CAUGAAACUUUCCCGUGCGAACACUCUGCCCGAAGCUCCUCGCGUCACUUCUAAUACUGCCCGCCCAGGGGCUUUGUAAACAUUUCGCCCACGCUCAUCGUCAGCGUCUAUAACGAACGGCCUUUGGUCUCUUUAAAUAACAUUUUUUUAAUUUGCAAUGAUUCUCCCUGACUGAACUAAGAACUCUUUCAACUGAGAAACCUCGAAUCUUAGAAAUGGAGUUCAAAUUCAGAGCGGUCGAUAAGCGACCGCCGAAUUGCUUUUCGUAUUCUUCUUCAAGCUUCAAUUACUUGUCGGGUCAAGCAUUUCGACCCAAUCCCAGGUUCGACUUCAACCGAAGCCGACCCGACCAGGUCCAGCGGGAAUUAGAGAAGGCACAAAUUAGGGAAGAGAUAAUCGCGUCGGAAAUCGCACGUCGGAGAGCCUUAGAAGCCGAAGUGAGAAGGGAGAUGAUGGCGGAGAGAGAGAUGGCGGCCAUGCACAUGGCGAGGGAGACGGCCUUAUCUUUCGAACACAGGCUCACGAUGCGGCUCGACCCUAGGCGUCCUUUCAUGCAUCAUUUCUCUAACCACCACCGCUGGUGGAGUGAGGAGCGUUUGGAUUUGUUGCCACCGCUUCCGCCGCCUCCGCCGCCGAUGUUGCCUUCACGGGUGACAGAGGUUUUGGACACUCAGAUGAAGGCUACUUCGGAGGGAAACAAGAAUAAAUUGAUUAUACUGGCUAAGCCUGAUCCUAAUCGUGUUGUUGGAGCAAAGCGGAAAACACCACCUCUUGCUGGUGAGCUGCCUCUGCCUUUAAUUAAUUUAAAGAAGAAACCGGACGAGGAAUGGAGUUGUGCUGUUUGUCAGGUCAGCGCCACAAGUGAGAAAGGUUUGACUGAACACCUACAAGGUAGGAAGCACAAGGCUAAGGAAGCAAGGCUUAGGGCUGAGAGGAUGGAGAAGAACUCUAAUACCAAUACCACAAGAUUACCAAAAAAACCCAGAAAGCGUCCCAAGGUUGCAGAGACAGAGACAGAUAAGAAAUUAACUCAACUUAAUAAAAAUGUGGAUGGUUCAGACCAGAAACUGGAGGAAAGAGAAAAGUUAAAGAAUAAAGAGGAUGAGCUGCCGGUUCAGAAAAAGGAGGCAGAAAGGUUUAGGAAGAAAAAUGGGAAUGCAAAUAGCCUUAUGAAGAAACAUGGACUAAUGGCAGUGGAUAAGGUGGAGAGGACACCAGAAUUUAGAAAAAAGAAGAGAUUUAAGUUUUGGUGUGAAAUGUGUUUGGUUGGUGCAUAUUCUGAGGUGGUAAUGGAAACUCAUAAAAAGGGGAAGAGGCACAUUGCUCGAGUCCAGGAACAUGACGAAAACAAUGCAGCCGCGCCUGCUACCACCACCACCACCAAUACAGUCACUGAGCAGGCAUCCCCUGAUUUUACUCAGAUGCCAAAUGACACUGAUGUGGUAGCCAACGAAGCAAAGGAUAAGCAAAUGGAUGUUUCUGAGACAGAUUUUUGUAAUUAUUUUCCUGUUGUAAAUUGAUUGGCAGAAGUGUAGACAAAACCAACUCUCCAGACUUGGUUUGGGAGCUGUGAAAAUUGCUCUCUGCACCUUUGUACUAUCUGAGACUUUUAAUUAGAUGUUGGUUUUUUAUCUGAAAUCCAAAAUUUAACGAGGUGA